GUGAGUGGUAGAUUUCAACACAGAGAGGAGAGCUACUUUUGUCUCUUGACUAUGGAGAUAUGGUAGAGAAGAAGAACAUCUUUUGAUCCACAUGUGUCCAGAUCCUUAAUAACUGGAACAGCCUUAAUGAACCAUUUUCAUCUGGAGAUCAAAAAGGAAGAGCGUCCAGACAUAACGGAGAGAAGGUGAGCCGUGACCAUGGAGGCUCUACUGGGCUCUCUCCUCACCAAAGCUGGCCAGCUGCCUUUGUUGCUUCUGACUCUGUUCACAUCGUGGACAGUCCUGUGUUCAGCAGAUUUAAAGCCAGCAAGAUGGCCAUUAUACUCCCAGAAGCCUGUUCUUCUCGCCUGGAAUGCCCCAACACAAGAGUGUGCCCCGCGACAUCGUGUAACUUUAUAUCUAGACCAGUUUGACAUUGUGGCAACCCCCAAUGAAGGCUUUGUCCGGCAGAAUCUCACAAUUUUCUAUAAGGAGCGCCUUGGGUUGUAUCCCUAUUAUGAGCAUGAUGGGACUGCAGUGAAUGGGGGCCUUCCACAGCUUGCCAGCCUCUCUCUGCACUAUGAAAAGAUGCCUGAAGGUUUGCAAAAAUAUAUACGUGAGCCUGAGGCGAAAGGUUUGGCUGUUAUUGACUGGGAGGAGUGGCGUCCAUUGUGGAUCAGAAAUUGGAAAGAAAAGGACAUCUAUCGCAGUAAAUCCCGGGAAAUGGUGGCCAAAAAGAACCCUCAAUGGACCUCAGAACAAGUAGGAAAAGUCGCAGAGCAAGAAUUUGAGCUGUCAGCUCGCAAAUUCAUGCUGGAGACUCUGAAACUUGCCAAGAAUUUGAGGCCUAAUCAGCUGUGGGGCUUCUACCUGUUUCCAGAUUGUUACAACCAUGACUACAAGAGUGGCCUGCAGAACUACACCGGCCACUGUCCUGCUUUGGAGAAAGCCCGCAAUGAUCAACUCAACUGGUUGUGGAUGGAGUGCACUGCAUUCUUCCCAUCUAUAUACAUGGAUUCUGUACUAGCAUCUACACAUCCUGGGCGCCUCUUUGUACGAAACAGGGUAAAGGAGGCGAUGCGCCUGGCUUCUGUUGGAGGUGGAUUAGCGCGUCCUGUUUUUGUUUAUACCCGUCCCACUUACAUGAGUCAGAUGACCCCCCUAACUGAGACAGAUCUGGUCUCCACCAUUGGUGAGAGUGUUGCACUCGGAGCUGCAGGUGUAAUCUUCUGGGGAGACACCUCCUAUGCAAGCAGCAGUGCCAGCUGCUCCAAAAUAAAUGAGUAUCUCAAGGGACCGCUGGGCCGAUACCUACUCAAUGUUUCUACAGCUGCAGAGGAGUGCAGUCAGCUGGUGUGUAAAUCUCACGGCCGCUGUCUGCGCAAAAUAUCAGACAAUGAUGUGUACCUGCAUCUCAGCCCCUCAACGCACAGCAUCACCAGUCAGGGUGGCCAGCUGAAGGUUACAGGCGCUCCUGGCCAAGCCGAGCUGGCUUUUUUCCGCACACACUUCCAGUGUCAAUGCUACAGUGGGUACAGGGGUGAGGCCUGUGCUCAGAAAGAAAACGGGCAGAAUAGAGCCACCUCUGUCUUCGGGACUUGGCCUCUUUGCUUUUUACUCCCACUAGCACUCCUCACUCUGCUACACUAAGGAAACUGAGAAGUGCAAACUAUUCAUUGCUUCUGCCAACCAUAAAAAGACAGUUGCACAUAAAGGUGGUCAGUUUCUGUGCACCAGUGAUACUGGUGCAUUGUCAACAGCAGACAAGUCAGUCCUGUCACCAGAGAUCUCCCAGUAUGAGAGUCGAUUUUUUAUCCCAGCACGCAGACCCAUCUGACAGGAAUAUUUGUCUCUGACAAGCUGCAUUGGCAGAGCUCCAACCUCAAGACCGCCUCCUGGAACUAAUGUCUGUCCAUAAAUAUUGCAGAUGGUCAUUAACUUAUAUCUAAUUAGGUCUAAUCUUGAGGAGAUGAGGAGACACUGUGUACCAUCAUUUCAUAAUCAGUGCGAUGUUAAUUGUGGGACUGUACCCACAGAGGAUAUCAUGCCUUAAGAAAAGACUGGUUAACGGUGUUAAAGUUUUUUUUAAUUUUUUUUUUUUUAAUGAUUGACCAAAAACCGUAGAAGAAAGGUACAUGUGACACCCAGUGACAUACAGUAUUGGUAUACUGUUGGUGCAUGGCAACUUGAGGUUUUCUGCGUUUGCACAUUGCUGCACAUUUCAGCAUCAUAGUUUGUAUCUGUUGAUAGAUCAAGCAGUUAUGUGUUAUGCCAUGUAGCUUCAUGAAGGAAAUAUAGUGCAUUAAGAUGAUAAAUUAGGGAAAAAUGAAUUAUCUAUCUAUGGCAUAUAGAAACAACAUGGCUGGACCUGCCUGUUUCAGUUCAAUACUGUGCCUUAACUGGGCUAUGAAGUGCUCUUUCUUUAAUGGUUGCCUUUGUUCACAAGUCGUGGUUAUUGACGUGUUCAUCUCAGCCCACUGCUGGCCACAGUGCUUUAUAGUGAUAUUAAUUCCAAAUGCCUUUUUUUAUUAUUAUUGACAAAGUGACAUUCUUAUUAAAAAAGGAAAGGAUGAGAUAAAUGCUACUCUUAGUUUGCAGAUGUUGUCUUCCGUUUCACAUGGAUAUCACUGUGAACACGAGUUAUGAUUUUCAUGUCAAAAAAGAAAAAUUUCAACAUCCAGGUUUCUGUUAAUUAAAUAAGGAUGAUCAAAUUCUAGCAGUAUAAAUCUACCCAUACACAGUUAGAGUCCAGCUGAGUCCAUCAUGGCCGGCCGAAGUUUGUCUGUCGGCUGAUCAUAAACAAAUGUUUGUACAGAAAUGCCAAAACUAUCUUUUCAAUUAUGUAAUGUUAUGCAGAUUACAUGUCUUGGCCACAGUUCUUAAUAACCAAAUGUAAGAGAUACUUUUGAAAAUGUUUGAGUUUAUGUAAAAAUAUUAGGCUAAUUUUUGCCUUUUUAUUUUUUACAGGAUAUCUAUGUCAGCUCCAGCACACAGUUAUCAGUUUAGAUUUUUUAAGAGUGUAGUUUGACUUGUUUGCACAGCAUUUUGUGUCAGGGCUCCUGCCACUGACGCUUUGUUUAUAGCAACUACUGUAGCUUCAUAAUAUUUUAUUGCCAAGUAAAUGUAUUUUCUAGACUGAAGCUAGCUGAGCAGUUUCAUAUUUAUACAGUACGUUCUGUAUUUAUUCUCUCAGCCUUUGGUCCAAAUAAUACUUGGCCACCUAAACUGAGUUAUGAUAAUAGUCAGCAAGUGGUAGUUUGUGCUGUUUUUACAGACUGAAUUACAAAAGUGGUAUUGCAAUAGAACAAUUUAUGUAUGCUAAAAACGUUUUAAAAUGCUGCACUUUAACAACUCUCUCACUGAGGUGGAUGUAGCUUCAUUUCAUGUCGAUACUUUCACGAGGUGAACGCCUGUAAGACAUACUGUCAGAGCAUUACAGGAUACAAUUGUGUGUUUUUCCAUCUAAUGUGUCAUUUUAGAAAUAUAUUCCACUGUGAAUCUUGUCUGAAAGGAAAUGAAUGCUUUUAUGAUUCUUAUACCUGCCUUGGCAUUGUGAAAAUAAUCAGAUCUAAUCUAAUCUUUAAAUAUGAUGUUAUUAGUGGGCCUGACAAAGUUACACUUGAAUGAUUUGGUACAGAAUGAUAAGAUUUCACCCAUAUUUAAUGCAGAUUUUUCAUUGUACUAUUUUUGACAAGCAAAUGAUCACUUUUUACAUUUGAAUAGGUUGCAAUAAACCAGCAGGUUUUUGAAAAUAACUGUUUUAGCCUUUUUACAUGAGGUGCCCUAGACAUAUACAGCACACUAUUUCUGAUGGCAUAGUAAUCUUUUAGAUGUGUUUUUCUCAUCCAUUAAGCAGCCAUUAUUUUUUAUUUAUGGUACAACAAUAUCAACAUGACACUUUGAACUUGAUUGAGAUUAGCAAUUAUCAGUUAUUAUCAAUCUUUUUUUUUUAAUCUGAAAAAACAAUUUUGCACCUACUGUAUAUUACUUUCUACAUUUUUUCACCAUUAUAUAGUGUGCUGAUGGUGAUGGCUUAACUCAUUCAAGCAAGUUUCUAGUCUCCAAAAGUUAAAAACUAAAAUGUACAUAAUCAAACAGAUUCAGUGUUAAUAAUGAAAUCCACCUUAAUUUAUCACCAUUAUUUUGCCUAAAUGUAUUUAUGUUAUUAUUUGGAGCCAAAUCUGGAAAAAUCAAAGGGUAUUGUAUUGGUAAUGUUUUAUAUUCACCAUUUUCAUCAGAUGAUUUAAUUAUUCAAAAAAGAAUUUGAAUGUAUUUUUUCUGUUUUUCUUAUUUUCUGGGGUAGUCGACCAGGAUUCUAUCCAUUAUAAACACAGGUCUACUUUUUCUGCAGACAUAUUAAACUAAUAAUAAAACAUUCUACAGUGGAAGUACUCUGUAUCCAACA